AGGGGGCGUUGCUACCUAACAAUGUCUGAGAGGCAGGAAGUGGCCGCCUGCUAUUGUUUAACCAGCAGCCAGUGUCAAGAGCGAGUGCCGUCCGGGUCUGAUCUGGGUGGGUCAAGGAACCAGCUCUACACUGUUCUUAUGUUAGAGGGCGGGCAGGGGCAGGGCAGUGGAGUCAACCAUACCGUUCCUUUUUCCCUAAUUUGGAGCCAACGAGAAACUUAUAAAACAAGUUAGUCCGGUGCAAUCGGUACCGCCUGCCGAUGCUGAGCCUAUGCCAACAGUGGUGCUGCGUGGCUCCCUUGUGGUACAGCUGCAGGGCAAGGGGUCUAGACGAUGACGACCGGCUGAGCCAAGAUGAGCAUCUGGAGCACAGUGUGACCAGGAGCAGUGCGGGGAGCGACUCUGUUGAAGAGAAAAGUGUCAAGGAGGGAAUCCUGUUGAAGCAGACCAGCUCCUUCCAAAGGUGGAAACGGCGCUACUUCAAACUCCGAGGGAGGACGCUCUACUACGCCAAGGACUGCAAGUCUCUUAUAUUUGACGAGGUGGACUUGUCAGACGCCAGCGUAGCUGAGACCAGCACCAAGAACAUCAACAACAGUUUCACCGUCAUUACUCCUUUUCGCAAACUGAUGCUAUGUGCCGAGAACAGGAAGGAAAUGGAAGACUGGAUUGGCGCCCUCAAGUCUGUCCAGAAGUGGGAGAUCUAUGAGGCCAGCCAGUUCAACAUGGAGCAUUUUUCAGGGAUGCACAACUGGUACGCCUGCUCGCACGCACGCCCCACCUUCUGCAAUGUCUGCAGGGAGGCUCUACCCGGCGUCACUUCCCAUGGCCUGUCCUGCGAAGUAUGCAAGUUUAAAGCUCACAAGCGAUGCGCAGUUCGCUCCACCAACAACUGCAAGUGGACCACACUGGCCUCCAUCGGGAAUGACAUCAUAGAAGAUGAGGACGGGGUGUCCAUGCCCCACCAGUGGCUGGAGGGUAACUUGCCUGUCAGCGCCAGGUGCGUGGUGUGCGACAAGAACUGCGGCAGCGUGAGGCGACUGCAGGACUGGCGCUGCCUCUGGUGCAAGGCCAUUGUCCACAGCAGCUGUAAAGAACAAAUGGCCAAAGUCUGCCCCCUGGGUCAGUGUAGAGUGUCCAUCAUCCCUCCCACUGCACUUAACAGCAUCGACUCUGACGGCUUCUGGAAAGCCACCUCAGCGUCCUGCACGAGUCCUCUUCUGGUACUGGUCAAUUCCAAAAGUGGGGACAAUCAGGGUGUCAAGUUCCUGCGCAAGUUCAAACAGCUUCUCAACCCAGCGCAAGUCUUCGACCUCAUGAACGGGGGGCCCGAACUCGGCCUGCGCAUCUUUCAGAAGUUUGUGACGUUCCGCAUCCUGGUGUGCGGGGGAGAUGGCAGCGUGGGCUGGGUGCUCUCUGAACUUGACAAACUGAGCCUUCACAAGCAGUGCCAGCUGGGCGUGCUGCCGCUGGGCACCGGUAACGACCUGGCCCGAGUCCUGGGCUGGGGGGGUCUCUGUGACGACGACGCUCAGCUUCUGCAGAUCUUGGAGAAGCUGGAGAGGGCUACCACCAAAAUGCUGGACCGGUGGAGCGUGAUGACAUACGAAGUUCCCGCCACCAAUAAACAGAUGUCAUUAGUAAGGGAAGACUUCCCCCUCGAUUCCCCACUGCAGGUUCACAUCACUCAGUAUGCAGACUCUGUGGCGUCCCACCUGGCCAAGAUCCUAGACUCAGACAAACACAGCGACGUCAUUUCCUCCGCCAAGUUCCUGUGUGGGACGGUCAACGAGUUUGUGGCGGAGGUGGGCAAGGCGUACGAGAGAGCCACAGAGAACAAGGAAGAGGCGGACGCUAUGGCAAAAAAGUGUGCAUUGCUGAAUGAGAAGCUGGAUUCUCUGGUGAAAGCCUUAAGUGAGGAAGCUGAUGCUCAGGUAAUUAAGGGAGUGCUAACCUGUAUCAACGGUAAAAAACAACCCUCACCUGUCAUCUUCUAUUGCUUUCAGGUGGUUCCGGCAGGUUCUUUGCCCAGCCAGGAGGAUGGCGGCUCAGGACCCGAUAAAAAUGGCAGCGACACAGGCUCCAAUUGUCAAACGUACCGCUCCAGGGAGCAGCUGAUGCUGCGGGCCAACAGCCUGAAAAAGGCACUGAGGCAGAUCAUCGAACAAGCAGAGAAAGUGGUGGACGAGCAGACCCGAGACACUCAGUUGUAUCGGAUUCCUUCCUCAUCCUCCAUUAAAAGGGAAAACAGCGAGGAACAGAAGGAUACAGAGAGGCGGCGUAGAACUGCAAGCCCUUCCUCGCCCAUCGUCCCGGAGAAACAAGAGAGCCUCAACGCGGUCAUCUUCAACGAGGACUCUGUACAAUGCUGGGAGAAGUGUGUCAUGAACAACUACUUUGGCAUUGGUCUGGACGCAAAGAUCUCACUGGAGUUCAACAACAAGAGGGACGAGCAUCCCAAAAAGUGCAGCAGUCGCACAAAGAACAUGAUGUGGUACGGAGUGCUGGGGACGAAAGAGCUGGUACAGAAGACUUACAAAAACCUGGAGCAGAGGGUUCAGCUUGAGUGUGAUGGCAUAUCCAUGCCUCUGCCAAGUCUCCAGGGACUGGCUGUGCUCAACAUUCCCAGCUAUGCAGGCGGUAUCAACUUCUGGGGUGGCACCAAGGAAGACAAUAACUUUGGUGCACCGUCUUUUGACGACAAGAAGCUGGAAGUGGUGGCCGUGUUUGGCAGCAUGCAGAUGGCCAUGUCCAGAGUCAUCAACCUGCAGCACCACCGCAUCGCCCAGUGCCGCCAAGUGAAAAUUACCAUUCUGGGGGAGGAAGGCGUCCCUGUGCAGGUGGAUGGCGAAGCCUGGAUCCAGCCACCGGGGGUCGUCAAGAUCCUCCAUAAGAAUCGAGCGCAGAUGCUGACCAGAGACAGGGCCUUCGAGAGCACACUCAAGUCCUGGGAGGACAAGAUGAAAAUCGACAUUGACCGCAACCCCAGGGCCCGCCUUGACUCCCAGCAGUCCAUGGAGUACCUGACGGAGGAGGAGUGUGCUCAGGUGCAACAGUUGGGCAUCGUGGCCAGCGCGCUCAUCAACAAGAUCCGGGAGGCCGCCAAGACCCACAAGGUGGUGGAGCAGGAGUUGGCACACCCGGUCAACGCUAGCGCAGUGGUACUAACCGAGGCCAAGCUGUCCAGUCCUGAGUGUCUGAGUCGCAGCACAGCGGUAGAAAUCGUCAACAGCAGCAAAGUUCUGCAAGCAGAGACCACGAUGCUUCUGGAUGGAAAACAUCUGUCCGAGUCCCCCGAGGAAGAGGAGCUCCGUGUGACCCUGAACAGCCUGAGUGGCGAGCUCCACAAGCUGGAAGACAUCCACUGGAUCUGUCCACUGAUGAACUGCACUGAAGAGGAGUCAGUCCGUCCAUGCAGCAGCAGUAAGAGCAGCAUGAAGCUGAAGAUCCUGCCCAGGGGGAAGAAGGAGAAGGAGAUGCUCUACAAGCAGAAGUCCAACAGCUCUCUCUCAGGAACGUGGGAUGUCAAAACUCCUGAAGCAGAAUUGUCGGGCAACUGAGGGAGAUCUUUUCCAUCACCUUGACAACCAGAGGUGAAGCGAUGACCUCGGCCCCCGGCCUGUCGUUAUCCUCCCUGUUGCGACCAGGUGGGCUGACAGAGGUGGGACCAUCGUUGUUUUACUUACUGUUGUUUUUGUUUUUCAAAGAAGCCUCGCUUGCAUUGCUGUGGUGAAAGAACUUCUCGUUUAGUGAGGGUUUUUUUUGGUUUGUUCCAAACUGAGUGUUUACACGGUGCUCUCCUUGCAUGCCGAGCACAGCCAUCUUUGUUUUGGACCUCUCGAGUCCAACGUCGGAAAGCGAAAGCAGCCUUCAGACUCCGGUGAGACUCGGUUCUCGUUGCUACUGCCAAUGCAACCUCAGACUUGCAGAAUAUCUUAAAUGUUGCAAAAAAGAAGUAACAUACUGAAUGUAUUUGUGUGUUGAGCUGUGAAUUGUUGAAAUAAUAAUAUAAUUAACGAUCAUUUACACAUGCAACAUGAAGGUGUGAUGGUUCUAAAGUGGUUCUUAGUAUGUCGUGGCCUCCGACAGGUACUCCGAGGUCAUUUGUGGCCAUUCAGGGCACGCUAACAAACUGCUGAAUGUAGAUGUAAUGCACGAAUGUGAGAUUUAUUUUUUAUUUUUUAUGCUUUGCCAACGCUUCUUACAAUCUCUAGUGGCUUUGCAGCUUCCCCUUUGCCUUUUAAAGACUACGAUUAGAAUAAAUAAUGGAUAGAAAUAGGCCAAACAUGACGACGAUCACGCCAAUAUAUGAGUGUCGCAGUAGAUGUUUAUAGUCAGAGCUGCAUCAUAUUGACCCCGAUAUAAGACCACUCCCCUUUGUCAAGUCCUGUUUUACUUUUGAACCUGUUAACCAGGCACCUGCUGGUUUGCAUGAAUCAUCUCAAGAAAACCUGCCUUUUUCAGACUAUAUAAGACAAAACCAUCUUGGAUUCGGGUUAUUUGUCAUCAGAAAAAAAAAGUGUGUUCAUUUAUUUAGCUCUCGUUAAGAUUUAGACAAUACUAGCCUUUACUGUAGUGACGCUACACUGCCAUAUUAUUACGAGCCUUUAAAAAGUCGACGUCGUCGUUAUCUCUUUGUUCAUUUUUCUACGCUGACUUCCAUUCUUGGUUAGACUGCAUCCAUCGUGUGCCACCUUCUCACCUUGGAGGCUUUAGUGGUGCUUGUGCCAAGCAGAGCGACACAUUCCAGGUGUGUGUGUGCGUGUGUGUUGUACAUUUCAAAGUUUACUGUAUCUUUGCCUUGCACUUUACCAACAAAGAGGGGAAAUAUGCGCAUGUGCGUGUGUGUGUGUGCGUGUGUUUACAAGCGUGUGUACAAUUAGGUGAAGACUAAUAUUUAUGGCAAAAAUGCUAACUAUAUCCACAUGAUGACAUCGGUGGCUGUGUAGUUCCUCCUCCAUGUGACCACGGUAACCAUGCGAAGCUUUACGCCAAAGCUGAAGAACAUGUUGUCAGGACUUAAGGAAAUCACUGAUGAAGUUAAAAUGUUUGAAUUGUUAUUAUCAACUUGUUCUGAACAAAUGAUUGCAACUUGUGUGUGUUGAUUUUUUUUUUCAACCAAAGCUCAUAUUAUGUAUAUUUAAUUUUUUUUUUUUAACAAGAUUGUUUUAAUUUAAUUUAAUGAGAUUUAGAAAGGAUUCGGCCAAGCUCCUUGUUUGCACGACCGUGUGCGUUGCCCGUUGUUCUAUAUUGUGCUGUUGUCUGCGGCGUGCAACAAAAGACGGCAAGCUUUGGAGAUUAAAAAGAAUUUAAUGGUG